AAACUUGCGGGACACAAUUCUUCCCAAACAUUUAAUAAAUUGCUUCACCCACUCUAAACGGAAACGGAGAAAGCAAUUUAUUUUUUUGUGGUUAUCUGAGAGACUGAGACACAUCAGUCCAGUACAGUCUCUGUUCGGCACUUUCUUCCGUAUAGAAUAGCACUCAUCAGUUUUAUAUCUACUUUUUUUCUCUAUUUUUUUUUUCAUUUUCUAUUUGCUGAACGGUCAUUUUUAUGUUGUGGUUUUACGGAUAUGGCUGAUCUGUCCAUGGAUUUCGAUACUAACAGCAGCGAGAUAUGGGAUUGGCAAUGUGGAGAAACUUUUCUUCAAGACAGUGAGAACUUUGGGCUGCAGCCUCAAACAGACGUAUCAGGAUGUCCAUGGACUGGUGUAACUGAAAAAAACAAAGAUAUUUCCUACAUGUUUGAUGAUGAGACAACCCCGGUAAAGGACUGUGGUGAGUUGACUUCCAAUGUCAAGGAUGUUACAAGUAAGCAAUUGGAGCAGUGCAGAGAACCUUCUAAACCGGUAAAAAGACGUCGAGUGCUACAAUUUGAUGCUGAGAUCUUGGAUUCCACUGGUUCAAACGAAGAGCUUGCGUUAACUUUCUUAAAAUCUAAGGAGAGGAAUGCAUAUUUUGAAGAAGCUAGGAGUGAUGUGUCAGACUGGUUUUCCGAAUGUGCAGAUGGUGCAACAUCUUCGGCUCAGGAAGGUUUUGAUGAGUCAUCUGAAGAAUGGCUUACUGAUUGCAUUAAUGAUCCUGAGUUGCAGAUUAUUUCCGAGGAUAUGAAUGCAUCUGGAGUAUCUGAUGUUCAAGCAGACACAAUGGAAGUUGUCAAUUCCCCACCAGAAUGCGAUAUAACUAUGGUUAAAAGCAGUCCUGCUCGUACUUAUGGAAACAUUGUUUUCAAAGGUAGGAAUUCAUACACAAAGACUCCCAAGAAAGGUGCAUCUUCUGUAGUUUACCCAUUUGGAUUUAUCAAACCCUGCAGCGCUCAAGGAGAUGUGACUUUAAAAGAGAUCAACAAAAAGAUAUGUACUCCGCCACCCUCUAAAUCAAAGCAACACAAUCAAGAUCCACCACCUUAUCCGACUUCAGCUUUUUCCGGGAAGCCUGUCAUUGGCAAGACAAAAAUUCACACAGAGGGUGGAAGAGGCAGCAUUACCAUCAUGAGAACUAAAGGAUAAUCUCUUGAAA